AUGAAGACAGCACACCGUGUACCUCACGACGCCGCGGAGGAAAUCAAAUGGGAGAUUUUACGACUGAAGAACAAGGCUGUGUCCGACGACACAAAGGGGCACUCCUGCGAGCACUGCCGGAUUUUCAUCAUCAGACUCCGGCCGGUGGUGAACCAUAGCUCAGAACAUGGUGGGAAGACUUUGCAAUUUGACACGACAGACCAGGAAGUCUUCAGCAUGGCCGCGUCGGGCUGCGCCUUCUGGUCGAUGAUCAGAGAACGGAUUGCCUACCUGCAGCUAAAGGAGAAGGUGGAACAAGAAACCGAGAGGGUUUCUUUCGAUAGUGAAAAACAUGGCUUUCGGCUGUCGGAUAAGCACUACCAAGACCUCGCCGUCUCUCUUGGAGGUCUCGAGGGGAGGGAGUUCCUACGCCUUCACCACAACCCGGAUGUCGACUGGAUCCGCCCCCGGAAGCACAUCUUCACAAACUCUUCCAUGUGCCAAAAGCUCCCGCCGCCUCCCCCAUACCAAAUGAGGAUCAUGGUUCAGCUCAUCAUGCGCUUCUCUCGCAUCAUAUGGAAGUCUUUUUGUGUGGACGUCAGACUGGGUGUCUUCAAGAGUCCUACCGAGACCAGUUCGAUAGAGCAAAGUGCUACGUUCUUGGCACUUGUACCCCCCGUCAACAUUGCAGAAGCGUACGAGAACACUAUCGCCUCGCCCAUAAAUCUGCUGCCAAACAGUCCAACUACGUUUGCCCUUAUCAAGAACUGGCUGCGGAGAUGUGAGGUCCAACACAAGUGUGGGAUCCUCAACUUACCCUCCUUGAUGCCGUCACUGAUCCUAAAGGUGUUAAGCCGGGACUCGGCAAUAUUGAUCAAAGUGCCAUCGAACAUGAGAGAGAGGUACCUCGCGCUAUCCUACUGCUGGGGGCGAGGGACCCAGAAACUCCUUCUCAACAAGGACAAUAAGUCCGCUUUGAUGUCCGGAAUCAGCAUACCGCAGCUGGACCCGACUAUUCGGGACGCCAUGAUCACAACGUACGAGCUCGGUCACAAGCUCCUCUGGAUUGACGCACUUUGUAUUCUUCAAGACGACGAGGAUUUUAAAGCGAGGGAGCUGUCUAGGAUGGGCGACAUCUACCGAUGUGCCUCAUUCACCAUCGUCGCGUCCGCGGCAAAGGAGGUCAGCGAGGGGUUUCUCGCCAAGCGAGCCUCAACCAUGGAGAAAACCAUCCCAGCAGACAAGAAAUCGCAGCUCGUGUUCAAGAUGGAAGCCAAUUCGCACUACAGCUCGUCGGCCGACCCGGCACCGUUUCCCGUUAUUUUCAGACCGGGACCGAAAGAGAUGGACAGACAGGAACCGUGGUACAGGCGGGCAUGGACGCUUCAAGAAGCGCUGUUCAGCAGGCGGCAGCUCCAGUAUCGCAACAGCCAGACGACGUGGAUCUGCUACUGCACCGAACAGAAGGCGCAGCAGUAUGACGGUUGGGUGGACGCCAGAUGGCACUGCGACCCGGGCUACAGCGACGCAGACAUCCUAGAAGAAGUGACGGAAUUGUUAUGGAAUCGUCUCAAACCUGCUCACAUUUCCACCAUCCACGACUGUUGGUAUCGUCUCAUUACCGCCUACUGCGACCGGGAGAUGACGCACCAGACGGACCGCCUGCCUGCGAUAUCCGCCAUAGCGAGAAAGUUUGCCUUCAUCUCAGGAGACGAGUAUCAUUACGGGCUGUGGAAGUCCGAUCUGGCAACGGGUCUGGGAUGGAAGGUAAAGAACGGUCCUCGGCCAUCACGCGCAGGCCGUGUUGCUGCUGGUUCACGGCCAGCACCUUCCUGGAGUUGGGCAUCUGUUAGUUGCGGAAUAACUUGGUUGAGCUUAGACCCUCGGAAGAAGAGCAAAGACUUUGAUGUGCUAGGCUGCUAUAUCAACCUGUCAUUGCCGAGGGGCCCCUCCAGCAAGGUCCAAGCAACCGAUAUUCACAUCCGCGGCUUGAUCGUGUCCAUUUCCCCCAUCCCGAAGCUCUAUGCUGAGUCACAGGGGGUCAUGUCGGAAGACGGUCUGAUCUACAUACACCCUGAUUAUACGGACGACGACAGACUGUGGACGGAUUCCGGGUCCAAAGCUGAACUGCUGGUACUUAGUACCAAAACAGAGUUGGUAAACGGUAUCGUGCUGGUGGAGAAGGGCACUGGCCGGUACGUCCGCGUUGGCACCUUUGAAACUGUACAGUACGCGGAACGGAGGGUAGUAGUAGGCUGGUCAACAGAAAAAGAAUACCUGGCUCAGGUUAGGAGAUUUUUCGGCGGCAAGGAGAACAUUCGUGAAAUUGUGCUGGUCUAG